UCGCGAUUUCCUUGGCUUGUAAUUUGACGUGGAGACAUAUUAGAAUAGGUGCGCAUGCAACCCAAGUGCGCUUUUUAGCGUCUGCCUUCCUCCUCAGUAUCGCAAGUCAUUGUUAUUAUUUGUUCAAUUUCCCACCCUUCAUCAUCACCUACUUGCUUUCUCAUUUGCUGCAAAAUACUCACCAAACUCUCCAACAUCCUCUCUCUCUCUCUCUCUCUCUCUCUCUCUCUCUAUAAAAUCACCAUUGCUAUUCCUCUUCCAAAUCUUUCUCAUCAAAAUUCAGAAAACACAGCUUUAAUUGCAAAAGCUCAGUUCAAUUCAGAAGUAUUAGCUAUUUCUUCAUCAGCUGCAUGCGCUAAAUUUAAGAAAACCAAAGCGAUUUGCAGAAAUUGUACGGUCAGAAGGGUUUUUGUAUUUGUUGUUUAAGCAAUAUAUAUACACAUAUUUAUCUAUAUAUAUUGUGAUCCUUCUUCUGCUUCUCGGUGUUUUCUGAGAGAUUGAGAAACGACGCCGGCCGGAAAGUGUGGACGAAGGAAAAGUCAGGGUUGCGCACGUGAGGUGGUACGUGACUGGACUUUUGGGGUGUAUUAGUUUUAUUUGGUUUGGUUGGGGUGUCGGGAGGUCCGUGAAGAAUGCCUCACAGAACGACUUACUUCUUCCCAAGGCAAUUCCCGGAUCGAAGGUACGAUUCGUCGUCCAAACAGCUGUUGCAAGAAGAUCAUCACGAUCACGAGAAAGUAACCAAAGACAGCGACACUGCCACUACCACCACCACCACAACUGCGACCAGAGAUAGAGAUUACCAACAAAAGGUGCCCAAAACCGCCUCCAGCAACUUGUACAAGUCCUCAGCCACUACCACUUCUUCUCUGUCUUCCGAUGUUCAGUACUUCACGGGCCACGUCGAUGAAAGGAAGCCACCGCAGUUGGCCGACUUUCUCAACUGGUUCCUUCAUGACAAGAAAGGGACCAGUACUCGAUCCAAACCAUCGAGUACUGGCCACCGUCCUCAUCACGUUAGGGUAACAGGGAGGUUGUCCACUUCGUGCCACCUUGUUGACGAGGAUCGCGAGCUGUUGCUGCCUCGUCGUCAUCAUCAUAAUGAUGAUGAUCACGAUAAUCAUGUGGCUGAGGCUGGCCCACCGCAGAUGGCGCCGGAGUCCACCACGACUGCUAUGCUCAAAGACCGGAGUGUUGACCAGAGCUUUGACCGGCAGGUGUCCCUGCCGAGGGUUUCGAGUGGGAGUAGCUAUGCAGGGAGCUUGUUCUCAGGAACGACGACGUUGGAUGGGAACUUCUCUGGGGAUGUUAAGGACUCGUCAGCGACGACGAGGCAUUUGGAAGUGGAGGAAGAGGAGGUGGAACAGGAGAGUGCUAAAGUGAGGUUGUCUCAGACGUCUAAGGAAAGUUAUUAUUUGCAGCUUCUUUUGGCCAAGAGGCUUUGUUCUCAAGCUACUCUUGGUGCUGAAACAUUGCUCUUGCACGAGACUACUACUCAACUUGAGGUUACUGAUGCUGAGACGGUGUCGUAUCGGCUCUGGGUCAGUGGCUGCUUGUCUUACAAUGACAAGAUAUCAGAUGGUUUCUACAACAUUUUGGGGAUGAAUCCAUAUCUUUGGGUGAUGUGCAAUGAUGUGGAGGAAGGUAAAAAAAUACCGUCCUUGAUGUCACUUAAAGAAGUUAAACCUGGUGAGACAUCAAUGGAGGUGCUUCUUGUCGAUAAAAAUGAUGACUUUCGCCUCAAGGAGCUUCAAGAUAAAGCACAUCGACUAUCUUGCACUUCAGAGAGUACUUUAGUGUUGGUGGAGAAACUUGGCAAGCUUGUCGCAAUCUAUAUGGGGGGUAAUUAUCCCGUGGAGCAAGGAGAUCUACACAUGCGUUGGAAGGUGGUUAGCAAGCGAUUGAGCGAUUUUCAUAAGUGUAUUGUGCUCCCCAUAGGCAGCCUAUCAAUGGGGCUUUGCAGGCAUCGUGCCAUUCUUUUCAAGAAAUUGGCAGACCACAUAGGUUUGCCUUGUCGCAUAGCUCGUGGUUGCAAGUAUUGUGUGGCAGAUCACCGGUCCUCUUGUCUUGUUAAAAUUGAAGAUAACAGGAAGGUUUUGAGGGAAUAUGUGGUUGAUCUAGUUGGGGAACCAGGAAACCUUCAUGGUCCAGACUCCUCGAUUAAUGGAGGAACUCUUUCUUCUAUACCUUCACCAUUUCAAAUUUCUCAUCUCAAAGAAUCCAAACAACCUUACAGGGAUAGUGAAUUAUAUUGCCAAAUCACAAACUCAAAGCACACGGGUGCUCCUCCUGAAGAUCCCUUUCAUGCAGCUUCUUCAAUCUUUAUAGAUCAAUCUCUUACAGACGGUGGGGAGGGAGGUCAAAUCAUCAAGGAAACCAGUUUGCUUCCAGGUGAUCAAACUAGAUUUGGGUUGGAAUCUUCUCUGAUGCGAUUGGAAUUGAAAGGAAACUCUCCGCAUUGCCUUGUUCAGAGUGACAUCCCACCUUGUGUUCAGGGUGAUGCGUCGGAAGCUCUUGAUGUUACUGCUACUACUGCUGUGGCAUCAUUAGAGGAAUGUGCUAGACUUAGCGAAGAAAAUGAUGUUGUACAACAAGCUUACAGAAAGGAGAUUGUUGUAUCAAGAAAUCAGGUUAUAAGAAACAGUGUUGAGCAACCUAAAGUAACUUUGUACAACCAAUCAGAUCUAGAGGGCGUUCAUAGUGAACUUGUGAAACAAGGUAGAAUUACUGCUGUGACUAACCCAAGGUACUUGAAUCUUGAACCGACUCUCGCAAUGGACUGGCUUGAGAUCUCAUGGGAUGAGUUGAAUAUCAAAGAGCGUGUUGGUGCUGGCUCAUUUGGGACAGUGCAUCGUGCUGAAUGGAAUGGAUCAGAUGUUGCUGUUAAGGUUCUAACUGUUCAGGAUUUCCAUGAAGAUCAAUUGAAAGACUUUUUACGAGAGGUUGCAAUUAUGAAACGUGUUCGUCAUCCAAACGUAGUUCUUUUCAUGGGUGCGGUUACAAAGCGUCCUCAUCUAUCUAUAGUGACUGAAUAUCUACCAAGGGGUAGUCUUUAUCGCCUCAUUCACAGGCCAGCUUCCGGGGAACUUCUAGAUCAGAGGAGGCGGUUGCGAAUGGCACUAGAUGUGGCCAAGGGUAUCAAUUACCUCCAUUGUCUUAACCCUCCUAUUGUCCAUUGGGAUCUUAAGUCUCCAAAUUUGUUGGUUGAUAAAAAUUGGACAGCGAAGGUAUGCGAUUUUGGGUUGUCCAGAUUUAAGGCGAACACUUUCAUAUCAUCCAAGUCCAUUGCUGGAACACCUGAGUGGAUGGCUCCAGAAUUCCUUCGCGGAGAGCCCUCAAAUGAGAAGUCUGAUGUUUACAGUUUCGGAGUGAUCCUAUGGGAACUUGUAACCAUGGAACAACCUUGGAACGGUCUUAGCCCCGCCCAGGUAGUUGGAGCCGUUGCUUUCCAGAACAGAAGGCUUAUUAUCCCAGCCAAUACUCCCCCAGUGUUGGCUUCGCUUAUGGAAUCCUGCUGGGCUGAUGAUCCAGCCCAGCGCCCGUCUUUUGCUAGCAUAGUUGAGUCGCUAAAGAGGUUGCUAAAGUCUCCUCUGCAGUUGGUACCGGUGGGCGGAACAUCCCCUUCUGCCCGGACCUGAGACCGUUAUACUUCGGUAGUCGAAUUUCUACGACUGACCGAGCUUCUUUGAUUCUUGGCAAUUAUAUAUACGCUUUUCUUGCUUAACCUGUGACCGUCAAAUAUGCCGAAGUUAAAUACAUUUCCUUCCGCGUUAAUUUGAGUUUCUAGUGCCAACAGUAUAGCAUAUGGUUUAACAAUGUACCCGACGAAGAGUAUUGUGCUGAAGGAAAGGAAGAGGGAUUUACUAAUAAAUUAUUAAAGCGUGCUUUUGAUGUAUUAUUAUUAUCCAAAUUAAUCCGUCCUCUUUCCUUUUA